AGAUUAAGUCAACACAAACUCAUCAUACGUCCUUUCUACCUGAAACAUUACAAUUAUACUCUUUUCUAUAUGAGACAAAACAAAUAUUGAAUGAGCUGUCUGAUAAAAAGUAUACUAAAUUUCACCACAUCACACCAUGCAUGUUGUUAACGUCUUAACUACACAGUCUAUAUUAUUGAUGAGGCGAAAAAUUACGUACUAAAAAAAAACAAAAAUUUAUAUUUAUCAUGUUUUUAUCUGUGGAUGGUUAUAUUUUCUGGUUGUUGAUGUUGAAGGUUGGAGAUGAUUAGUCUCUGUUGUUAUAUCUGAAUAAUUUUCUAUGUGUGACCCUUACAAAUAAAGAUUCAUACCUGUCGCUCAAGAUAGUGUUUAGCUAGACGCGGUAGCUAGGUGGAUAACGCGUUAGGUGUUUGGAGCAGAAGAUACUGAGUUUGAGUCUCAAAGUGAACAUUAAUUCCUAGAUGUAGUUGAAUCCAUCCGAUAAGUUUCAAAUAGGACGAAAUAAAUGUCAUGGAUUUUACUACUGAUUAGUAUCCAACUUUAUCGUGUUUUACUUUCAUUCUGUGAUAAAUGAACACGUCUUCUUUGCAAUGUUUAGCCUCUGGUAGGUUUGUGGUGGAUUUGGAUUACAACAACCUUAUCGGAAUUAUUAAUUACCCAUAAUUGUGGAUUAUGGUACCAAAUGCAGCUCGAAAACGUCAAAGCCUUCUGAUUUAAGUAACGUCCCAUAACUUUUCUUUCUGUUUAUAAAUUAUAAUUGAUGUAUUAGAACAUUAACUUGUGGACUUAAUAACGUUAUUGUCAUUUUUGAGUUGAUAUAAUUUUUGGUCCACCAGUGCUUAUUUUAUUUGCUAUAUUGUCUGUUUUACCUGACUCGUCAGUUUAUUUUCCAUAUAGUGUAUACUCUCCAAAUAAACUUAGCGAUAUGGAAGGUCCCCAUGUAAACGUUCCUAAUUCACUAGCAAACUUGUCCGACCCUAUCUUAAGUAUAGUUAAUGCUAUCGCCGAAUUCAGACUCCCAACAUACGGUGCUAACAACCCAAGAGUCUGGUUUGCUCAAAUAGAGGCCUUAUUUAUAAAUCUAUAUCUAUAUAUCUAGAGGUACCCGUUCAUACGCGACAAAAUAUGAGUACGUAGUCAGUGCACUCCUCAUCAAAAUCACUGCCGAAGUUGGGGAUUUAAUUAAUCAUGUGCCGCAGAACGAGCCAUAUGGUAAAAUAAAAGCUGCCGCCACCUCAGUCUCUGACAAAAAAGGAUUAUAACAACAGUUAAGGGCAUGCGAACUUGGAGACAAGAAACCCUCACAGUUUUUACGGCUUAUGAAACAACUAGCGGGUUCAUACAAGUUAGAUGAAGCCCUUCUAAAGCAAAUGUGGUUUCAACGCUCACCACAUAAUGUGAGACAAAUCCUUAGUGUGUCAAGAAAUUCAGUUGCCUUAGAUGAUUUAGCGGAUAUUGCUGACAAAACGGUGGAAAUCUACCCAGAUAGUCAUAGCGUAAACUCAGUACAAGCUGCUGAAAGAACUGAUACAGGUAGCACAGCCAUGUUCCAACAACAGCUAACGGAACUGCCAAAUCAGCUAGCAUCAUUAAAAGCGAUGAUAGCCACAGUACAAAUCAGGCGACCAAGAUCACCGUCCAGACAAAGAUCAUUUUCGAGGCAGCGUUCUCAGUCACCUUAGCAAACCUUCGGAAUUUGCUGGUAUCACCAAAACUGUGGUGCAAAGGCACGAUGUCGCACACGGCCGUGCACAUUCACAACCACUACCAAUGACAAUCUGGGAAACGAGCCACCCAGACAGUACUGGGGGCGCCUGUUUCUGGCCAAACCACAAGCCGUCUUUCCCAUAUCAGGGACCGUAUUUCUGACUAAGACUUUUUAGUCGAUACAGGAGCCGAAAUAAGCAUUAUCCCGCUUGGACUUUUAUGACGACGGCACACCGCGAGCACCAAGUUGUCACUUCGAUCGGCCAGCGAAACAAUCAUCGAGACCUAUGGAGAGCAAUCUUCAGUUUUAGACCUCGGCAUCCGAUGACGAUUCACCUGGAUUUUUACAGUUGCGCAAGUAAAACAACCCAUUCUCAGAGCAGACUUUCUCAGCGCUUACGACCUGUUAGUGAACAUGAAUAAAAAGAAAGUUGGUCGACAAAAAUACCCGUCUACAUAUGAAUGGUGCAAUCAUCACUAACUGUGAGAUUCAUGGUGUGAUUAAAAUAAAGUUUCUAGUAAAAAUUACGCUCUUAAGUGAAGUAUUCACUCAUUAAAUGAAUGAAUAAAUACUUGAAAAUGCUAGAUAUCACACUUUUUUUGAUACUGAGACGGAAUAGUUAUCGUCACACGAGAAAACAUGAAAAAUAAGUUGAUUCAAACUAAACCAGAUUUGUGAAUAAGUGUUCCACACACCAAAAUAAUCAUAAAUCAUUAUGAAUCAACAGUAACCACUGAUAUGUCCUUUAGCUAGAUGAAGCAUGUGACUGAGUUAAAUCAAUAUUAUGGUGCAAGACCUAAUAGUGCAAAGAUCAGUUGUCGUAACAGACUUAAAUAUGUAUUAUUAUAAAUUGUAUGAAACACUAAGUUUUCCCAUGUAAACUAUUAAAUUUAUAUAUCCUUAGAUACAGUUAUGUUAAUAAUAUAUUCGGACUUGAAAACUAUUAGGAAGGAUAGCCCAGGCCAGAUUUGGUUGGAGGGCCCUGGUCGGCGGCCUAUGCUCAUCGAGUGGUAACAGGAGUGAGUGAGAAAGUUUGCAUUAGACAGCUUUUUAUCGCGAAAUGCUAUUUAGCAAUAUGGCGUGGUAUGGAGUAUUUAUUUCUCAAGCAAAACCAUCAGGAAAAAGUUCGAAGUAUACGCUAAUAAUAUGUAGAAAACCUAUUAAAGCUUUACAAAUGGAAACAACUCAAUAGGUAGUGUACGCUAAUAACUCGAAGUUCCAGAAAGCUUGCACCGCUCAUUUCAUUUCAGUUUGAGUUUUCAACUUCCAAAAAUGAUCCUUAUAGGGACAAUGUUGUGUUCUGACCCAGUAACAACAGAACAAUUAACUAUGUUCCUGUAUUUCUCUCUCUCUCCCUCUCUCUCUGUAUAUAUAUAGUUUGUAAUCUUCCACUGUAAAUCCUUGGAGAAUGAAAUACAUGGAUUAAUUGACAAUUAUCAAAACUUAACAGAUUUCUGAAUGAUCUGAGAAUGGUAGUGUGAAGAUUUCUGAAUCGCAUUCAACACUCAAAUUGAAAGCUCAUCGUUAUCAGCGAAACAGAAACUAUCAACAUGUGAAUCUACUUGUCCUAAUCAUUCAACAAGUAUAUAUAUGGUUAUUUUCCAUCCGUCUGCGGGUUUAUACUUUGGAUGUAUGUCUUGUUUGAGAACCAAAGAUACUGACCAAACUUUUGAUCACCCUGGAAGAGACAUUAAAUUUACCGUUGUUCUGUAAACUAUGUAUGAGAAAAACUUAUGUGAACUUAUCACAUCAUCAUGAGGUUUCCAAUUUUCUGACACAUGUUCUCCGGAUGUAUUUGGAUUUUUUAAAUCUUUUACGCAAUUGAGUUUUUAAUUCCCAGUGUCUUAUUCCCAAAUGUCAGCAUAUCCAUAGUAAAUGAAACUGAUCAGCUAAUUUUUCUCGUUAUCCAGUGUCUGUGUAAAUGUUUACUAUCAUACCUUAUCUGUCAUUCUAAGUAUAGUCUACAAGUGGAUCGCUUCUUAUAAUCCGUUUCAGCUUAUUAUAACAGUUUCAUUGUAUGAUCAGCUUAUUCUUUGCAUAACCAAUUUAAUUUAUUUUGUUAAUCGAUUGGUAACCAAUAUAGUUUGUUCCACUGUAUGAACAAUCCAUUCCAAUACUUAUAACAUGUAAGAAGUCAUCUGUUCGCUUUCUCGAUACCAGUUAUUUCACUUUUUAUGCAACUUACAUCAUUAACAGUUAAUACUGUACUAUCGAGCUUUAUUUAUUCACGUUAUGAUUUAUCAUUAAUAUAUCUCAGCACUCAUUUGUGUCAG